AUGACUUCCACCACGUCAAGCAUUGAUGGAACCGACACUCUACCUCACGAUAACGCCGUUUACAGGGCUCUUCUUUGUUCGAAUGCUGGCCUAUAUGACCCCUUCGGCGACCCGAAAGUUAUUGGUGACCCUUAUUGCACUCUAUUUGUGGGCCGUCUCUCUCACCUCACCACUGAAGACACUCUCCGUCAGGCUAUGAGCAGAUAUGGAAGGGUCAAGAACUUGCGGCUGGUCAGACAUAUAGUAACGGGUGCCUCAUGUGGCUAUGGCUUUGUCGAAUUUGAAACAGAGAGGGAGAUGCAUCGAGCAUACAAGAUUCCAGCUCAAGUCUUGUGGUCUUCUCCUGCCUUUUAA